AAUGUGUUGGAAGAUAUGGGUCAUGCACUUUACGUUACCAAAAUUGGUACAGGGGAUAUCAUUUACUGGAACCAAGCUGCUGAGAAACUUUAUGGAUAUAAAGUCCAUGAAGUAGUCGGACAGAGGUGUACUGAACUGCUUAUUUGUGAAGAAUAUCAUGAGUUAGCGAUGCAUUCUGUGAAAAGAUUGAGCUGUGGACAAUCAUGGACGGAUCAGUUCCCUUUUAAGAAGAGAAGUGGUGAGAUCUUUAUGGCUAUAGUGUCGAAAAGCCUAAUGUACGAGGAUGGUGAACUUUUUGGUGUUAUCACUGUCUCAAGUGAUGCAGCUUUUUUAAAUAAGAUAAACUCGGAAAAAUCAAGAACCUCUCAGUCGUCUAACGGACAAGCAGGAAGGCGGGGAAUAAAUUUUAAAAGUACCCGGUGGCAUCCACAGAGUCAAACUGCAUCAUUUGUUCCCAAUCUGGCCUCAAAAGUCUUCUCGUUUAAUCGUGGAGAGGAUGCACACAGAGACCGAGAAGAGGUUGAAGUAGACACCAUAGGAGGGCAAUCACAAAAGCCACCUAGAGCACCCGCUGCACGACUGAGUUUCAGUUUGCUUGGUAGGAAGAGCAGAACUAAUGCAGAAAUCUCAGAAAUGGACGAGUCUCCGUUUGACAUUGCGCAACCUUCUAAGCUAAUGGCGAAGGUCAUGUCAAAGCUGAACAUUACAGGAUUUGGAAACAUUGGAGGAGAAAAGUGUGGAAAUGUUCAACAGAAUCGGCAUGAUGAAAGUUUUGCUAAUGUGAACGUCGCGGAACCUAAUUUACCUCCAUCUUCGAAGGGAAAAUAUACUCAUGUUCUUGAUGCCUAUCAUGAUCCCCAGAAUAUACUGAAAGGGUCAUGUUUUUUUACUCGACAAAGAACGAUUGCUCCUGAAAAUGCACAAAUAACAUCCUCUGAUGUCAUAGAGGGUUCUAUAGCUACCUGCUCCAGAAAGUUCGACAACCAAAUUAAUGAUAACUAUCGUAAGACACAAAUAGGAAACUCAAAACUUCCAGUAAUAGAAGAUUCAUCAGGACAGCAGUUAGAAAACCAACAGUCACGGAAGUCAGGGGAGAACACUAGAAGCAGCCACGGAAGCUCAUCAAACAAAAAUGAGAAUGAGUUGAGCUUGGUAGUACAUUGUGAAAUACGUUGGGAAGACAUCAGCCUAUGCGAAGAUAUUGGACAAGGUGCAUUCGGCGUUGUGUAUCAUGGAAUUUGGAAAGGAUCGGAUGUUGCUGUUAAGGUUUUCUUUGGGAACCAAUGCCGCGAUACAACUUUGCUUGACUACAAAAAGGAGAUUGACAUAAUGAAAAGACUUAGACAUCCGAACGUGCUAUUAUUUAUGGGAGCAGUAAGUUCACAGGAAAAGCUUGCCAUUAUCACCGAGUAUAUGCCCAGGGGAAGUCUUUUUAAAGCACUUCACAGGAAUAAUCCGCCACUAGACCUCAAAAGGCGUCUUAGGAUGGCCCUUGAUGUGGCUAGGGGUAUGUGUUACUUGCAUCGACGGAAUCCUCCUAUAGUACAUAGAGACCUUAAAUCUUCAAACCUGCUUGUGGAUAAAAGCUGGACUGUCAAGGUUGGAGAUUUUGGCCUGUCAAAAUUGAAACAUGCUACCUUCUUAACAGCAAAUUCUGGACGAGGGACGCCGCAGUGGAUGGCUCCUGAAGUACUUAGAAAUGAACCUUCAACAGAGAAAUCUGAUGUCUUCAGUUUCGGUGUGAUCUUAUGGGAACUAAUGACUGAAUCUGUUCCUUGGAAGGACCUUAAUCCUUUACAGGUUGUCGGAGUUGUUGGAUUCAUGGAUGGUAGGCUGGAUAUUCCGCAAAAAGUUGAUCCUCGCGUUUCAGCUAUUAUCCUUGAUUGUUGGCAAAGCAAACCAGAACUUCGUCCAUCAUUCGAAGACAUUAGCCGAAGAAUGACAGAUAUAAUCCUCUCAUUUGGUGGAUUGACAUCUAGGAAGAACUCAGGAGGAAUGGUAUCAAACACAGAUUGAAAAGCUACUCAAGAUAAAACAACCUAUAAAGUCAAUAAAGCAUCGAAUCGACGAUGGACAACAAUGUUCAUGUAAUGUAAAAUUUUCUGUUCUGCAUAAAAUAGGAGCGUAUUAUUAAGAGCAUCUAUUGUAGGACUGUAUAAAAUUAUUUUGCUUCUCUACUUAGAAUUUCUUUUUCUUAUAAAAUAGUUUUUCAGUGAUUUGUAUAAACGCUCCAAAAAGAUUGUAA